AUGAGUGAAGAAAAAAGCUUUGGUGUAUCCCAGAAAAUGUUGUCCCCUUCAAGAAGCACAAGCAGCUGCUCCUCCAAGCAGGGAAGUCGACAGGACAGCUGGGAAAUUGUAGAAGGACUCCGAGGAGCAAUGAAUUGUACCCAGGAGCCACAGAAGCAGGAGGGCUGCUUGCUGAAAAAGAGGAAAUGGCCUUUGAAGGGCUGGCACAAGAGAUACUUCUUUUUGGACAGAGGGAUUUUGAAGUAUUCUAAAUGCCAAGCUGAUAUAGAGAGAGGGAAGCUUCAUGGCUGUAUUGAUGUGGGACUUUCUGUCAUGUCUGUAAAGAAAUCUACAAAAUGUAUAGAUUUGGAUACAGAAGAGCAGAUAUACCAUCUGAAGGUGAAAUCUCAGGAGCUGUUUGAUGAAUGGGUAGCAAAACUUCGUCAUCACAGAAUGUACCGUCAGAACGAAAUCUCCAUGUUUCCUCAUGACGUCAAUAAUCUUUUCUUCCCUGUGUCUACUACUGCGGACUCUGUCCCUGGUUUUUGUGAUUCUACGCCUGGUAGAAAGGCAGGCAGCUUGACCAAACAGAAUUCGUUGUCAGCUGGAGGUAACUUGUCAUUUUCCUUUUCGAGUAAUGAUUCCAGGAUUUCAUCUUGGCUGCAGUCUUCUGAAGACAUAGAAAAAUGCUCAAGAGACCUCUCCAACUGUCACACAUAUUUACUGGAAAUGAACCAGCUGUUACAGAGCAUGGAUGUUCUUCACAGGACAUAUUCAGCGCCUGCUAUAAAUGCUAUGCAGGUUGGACCUUUUGAAAGCCCAAAGAAGGAAAAGAGAACACACAGGAGGUGGCGAUCCAGAGUUGUUGGGAAAGAGGCUAAAGGAAUGUUACAGGUGCCUUCAGUAUUUUCUGCCCCUAUGAGACUGCAUGCUUCCAAUCCUAACUUAUCUACAAUAGAUUUUGUAGAGGAGAAAAAUUACUCCGAUGGCUCUGAAACACCAUCAGAAUUUACUAAAAUGCAAGAGGACUUAUUUCACAUUGCACAUAAAGUUUACUUCACCUUGAGGUCAGCUUUCAGCACCAUUUCUACAGAGAGAGAAAAGCUGAAGCAGAUGCUGGAGCACGAUGCAUCCUCGUCUCCAUCUACGCAAAUAGUUGGCUUGAAGAAUGCCUUAACAUCCGCAAUAGCACAAAACACAGAUCUUAAAGACCGGUUACGCAGAAUACAUGCCGAAUCUAUGAUCCUUGAUUCAGCAUCUAAUGCAAAAUCAAGUCCAGAUUUGGUAAAGGAAAAUUCAAGAGAAGAAAGCAGAGGUCUUGUUCACCAGGUCUCCAAUGAAAGCAGGCUGUCCGUAGCUGACUCUCUCACAGAAUUUUUUGAUGCACAAGAAGUCCUACUAUCUGCUAGCUCUUCAGAGAAUGAGGCAUCAGAUGAUGACUCAUAUGUAAGCGAUAUCAGUGAUAAUGUCUCAGAAGAUAACCUCAGCAAUGACAUGGAGAAUGAAAGACAAACUUUAGACUGUAUUUCAGAAAGUGAAAUUGGAUGCAAUUCUAAACGGAGAACAUGUUUACCAGCUCCGUGUCCUAAUACGAGUAACAUCAGCCUGUGGAAUAUCCUGAGAAAUAACAUUGGAAAGGAUCUCUCCAAAGUGGCCAUGCCUGUUGAGUUAAAUGAGCCACUUAACACCCUUCAGCGUCUCUGCGAGGAGCUGGAGUACAGUGAGCUCCUAGAUAAAGCAGCGCAUACCCCUAACCCCUUUGAACGGAUGGUGUAUAUAGCUGCAUUUGCAGUCUCUGCGUAUGCAUCCAGUUACUACCGAGCUGGAAGUAAGCCGUUUAAUCCUGUGCUUGGAGAAACCUAUGAAUGUAUUCGCGAAGAUAAGGGUUUCCAGUUCUUUGCAGAACAG